ACUCUCAUUCCAAUUAAUAUAUCAAAACAAACAAUUUUAACAUCAAUCUCAAGGCCUCUCUCUCUCUCUCUAUGCUUUAAGAGUGAUUAGAGUAUGGACAAUGAGGAAAUCCCAUCAGUACCUUCUACCCCUGCAACACCAGGUACUCCUGGUGCUCCUCUUUUUGGUGGCUUCAGGUCUGAGAGAACUGGAAAUGGUAGAAAGAACUCACUCCUCAAGAAUUUAAAAUGUUUUAGUGUUGAAGAUUGGACUUUGGAAGAUGGAGCCUUACCUAAAGUCACUUGCUCUUUACCUCCCCCUCCUGUCCCUCUUGCCAAAAAGGUUGGAGCUGAGUUUAUAGGCACAUACAUUCUAAUGUUUGCUGGAAUAGCCACUGCAAUUGUGAACCAAAAGAUACAUAACUCAGAAACACUAAUUGGAUGUGCUGGAGCAACUGGACUUGCUGUUAUGAUCAUAAUAUUAUCAACCGGUCACAUUUCUGGUGCUCAUCUUAAUCCGGCCGUCACGAUUUCAUUUGCUGCAUUAAAACACUUCCCCUGGAAAAAUGUACCUUUGUAUAUUGCUGCACAAGUUUUGGCAUCAAUAUGUGCUUCAUUUACUUUGAAAGGGGUUUUUCAUCCAUUUAUGAGUGGUGGUGUCACGGUUCCUUCAGUUGAAUAUGGCCAAGCUUUUGCUUUAGAGUUUAUUAUCAGCUUUAAUCUCAUGUUUGUUGUCACUGCAGUGGCCACCGACACAAGAGCUGUGGGAGAACUUGCGGGAAUCGCGGUUGGAGCCACUGUCAUGCUCAACAUACUCAUUGCUGGGCCUGCAACUGGAGCUUCAAUGAAUCCAGUAAGAACAUUAGGACCAGCAAUUGCUGCAAACAACUACAAAGGCAUAUGGUUAUAUCUCAUAGCCCCUAUUCUUGGUGCCCUUGGUGGGGCAGGUGCUUACACUGUUGUUAAGCUUCCUGAUGAAGAGUUUAACUCUGAGGUAAAAGCCUCUUCUGCCCCUGGAAGUUUCAGAAGAUGAUGAUGAUCUUCCACAAGGUUGCAAUAUAUAAGAUCUAAGAAUACCUCUUAAUUAAUUAGAAUCUUUGUAUGAUAGUAUAUAAAUACAUUAUAGUUUGUAAUUAAAAAAGAAUGAGUGAGUACUGCAUUGAUGCCUCCCUAGCUAGCUGCAUAUGCACACAUUGUAAUAAAUACACCACUUUGAUAAACAUAAAUCAAUGCUGUUUUUUGUACAUAUAUGUUCAUGUUUAAUCAGUUGUGUAACAUUAUCCCAAAAAAAUCAGUGUUGUUUUUGCACAUGCAUCACUACACUCGUAACCAGUUCCAAUUUUUUUUAUUGAAUUUAAUACUCCAAAUAUUAACUUUCUCAUUUAGGCAUUCAUGACAUUAGUUCUCUAGCAUGUGGCCUCUGGCUCUUGCAUAUGCAUCACUAUACGCAUAAAAGCUUUGUAAUUGUAGAACACUUCUACUUUUGCAUUUUAUUUCAAUAUAGUUUUUGCUUCUUUAUAUUAUUGCAUUCUUUGUUUUCAUUAUGUUUAUGCUCUCAACUUAGUGAAGAGUUAGUAGUUCCUUUAGGUCUUGAAGACAUGAAAAAUAGUUUUAUACAAACUUUUCAUGAUCUAUUUUUUCUUUUCUUUUGUGUAGGAUAUGAAGUUAGACAUAAAGUUUGAAACAUGAGAAUAGCUUAAGAAUUUUUGGGAUGUAAAAAAUGGGUAUUUGGGUUUAAUAGGCCAAGUUAGCAUGAAUUGUCAUGAGAAUACAAUUUUGUGUUAGUGAGGCCAUUGUUUAUUACCAGAGAUAGAGUAAGUAAACAAUACAAAUAAGAAUACAUCAUCUUUAGUCAUGUAUUUUCAAGACAAAAGGAAGGAAUAUGAGUUGGUGUGUUCGUCAUAACAAUGAAAUCCAAUGAUUCCGAUGAUCACAAAUCUUUAAGAUCGAUAUUUUAUUAUGACUGUUAAACCGUGCAUUUGCAUCGAUAUCAAUAUGUUAAAGGAGGAACUAAAUCUAAGGAAAGAUGGACGAGACUUCUAGUUGGUAGCAAAUCAUCAAUUGAUUUUCUCUC